AUGACUCUCCCACCAGUCUAUAUUGUUUCAACAGCAAGAACUCCAAUUGGUUCCUUCCAAGGAUCUUUGUCAUCAUUGACUUAUUCCGAUUUGGGUGCUCAUGCUGUCAAAGCAGCAUUAGCUAAAGUUCCACAAAUCAAACCACAAGACGUUGAUGAAAUUGUCUUUGGUGGUGUCUUACAAGCUAAUGUUGGUCAAGCCCCAGCUAGACAAGUUGCCUUGAAAGCAGGAUUACCAGAUACUAUUGUUGCCUCCACCAUUAACAAAGUUUGUGCUUCUGGUAUGAAGGCUAUUAUUAUUGGUGCCCAAAAUAUCAUCUGUGGUACUAGUGAUGUUGUCGUUGUUGGUGGUGCUGAAUCCAUGUCCAACACUCCAUACUACUUGCCAAGUGCUAGAAGUGGUGCUAGAUAUGGUGAUGCCACUUUGGUUGAUGGUGUUCAAAAAGAUGGUUUAUUAGAUGUUUAUGAAGAAAAAUUGAUGGGUGUUGCUGCUGAAAAAUGUGCCAAAGACCAUGGUUUCUCCAGAGAUGAUCAAGACAAUUUCGCCAUUAACUCCUACAAAAAAGCCGGUAAUGCUUUAAGUCAAGGUAAAUUCAAAUCAGAAAUUGCUCCAGUUACCAUCAAAGGAUUCAGAGGUAAACCAGAUACCGUUGUUGAAAAUGAUGAAGAAAUUGGUAAAUUCAAUGAAGAAAAACUUAAGUCUGCCAGAACUGUUUUCCAAAAAGAUAACGGUACUGUUACUGGUCCAAAUGCAUCUAAAUUGAAUGAUGGUGGUGCUGCUUUAAUUUUGGUUUCUGAAGCCAAAUUGAAACAAUUGGGUUUGAAACCAUUAGCUAAAGUUUCUGGUUGGGGUGAAGCUGCUAGAACUCCAUUUGAUUUCACCAUUGCUCCAGCUUUAGCUGUUCCAAAAGCCAUCAAACAUGCUGGUUUGUCUCUUGAUAAAGUUGAUUUCUUUGAAUUGAACGAAGCCUUCUCUGUUGUUGGUUUGGCCAAUGCUGAAUUGGUUAACAUUCCAUUGGAAAAAUUGAAUGUUUAUGGUGGUGCUGUUGCCAUGGGUCACCCAUUGGGUUGUAGUGGUGCUAGAAUUGUUGUUACCUUGUUAUCUGUUUUGACUCAAGAAGGUGGUAGAUUUGGUGCUGCUGGUGUCUGUAACGGUGGUGGUGGUGCUUCUGCCAUUGUCAUUGAAAAAGUUGAUUCUGAUGCCAAAUUAUAA